CUUCUACGUUGGUAAAGGAACCAUGGAAGGCAUUUGUCCUUCCACUGUUUGAGGUCAUAAGCUUCAAUAGCACCUUCUCGAGGAUUUUACGAAUGGUGGCAACGACUUGGAGCAGGACUAGGAGCAGGACCAAACCGCAAAGAUCAGUUAGGAAAAAAUGGACUUAAUUAGCCAAGAGGUAUGCCGGAGAAGGAUAUUGAAAAAGUUCUCGAAAAUCUUCAAUUGGACAUUUUGAUUAUGGCAUGGGAGAAUGAUAUGGUCUCGGAUCAAGCUGCUUUUAUGGAAGAAGAAUUGCUGAAGCAAAAUAUGAUCUCACAACAUUUGAAAAUUAGAAACGAGUUUCUUCCAUUGGCAAGUGUUGGAAUUAAUGACCCAAGAUAGAGUUCUGCUGGACACUGUCGGUGUGCUUGUGUGUAAUAGAGGAACCACAACAAGGCUCUCCGACUCGUCCAUCACAACGUGAUCGACACUGCCGGCCUCUACUCGGACAAUUUAGUCAUGAAUUUUUUUUUUUUUUUUUUUUUUGUUCAUUAAUCUUGAAUAUAUGUUUUUAUUGUAA